GAUUAAUGUCGUUUCAGUACGCAGUGCACAGCUGAUCAGUGGUCCCAACGGACGGUCGCCGCUUGUUCGUGUCUUAAAAUCUUCGAAAACGACUGAAAAGUUACUAUUAUCCGCGUGUCUGUACAGUGACAAUUGAAUUUUCACUUUUAAAUACGUGAAUAGAAUUGCGGCAUUUACAAAGUGUUUUUAUCAAGUGUUCGAAGUGAACGAUUACUUGUUUCUCGUUCGUUGGACAUUUCCAAUGGUUGCCGUCCGGUAGGCCUUGCCAGGAGGAUGGGGGCCCACGAUGGGGGAGUGCCAUUGCUCUAACAUCGCUAUCAUGCAGCUGUUCCAUGAGCUGAAGCAGCAGUUCCCUGCGCUCCCUGAUCACGUCGUUUCCCAGUGCAUCGCCCAGAACAGCCACGAUCGGGAGACAUGCGCGAGAAGUCUUCGUGCCACCCAAGAGUCACGACAGUCUCCGGGUGCGUUCCCACCGGCGGUACUUUGCGGCAUCCUCCAGCAGCAACAGCAUCAUCAACGAGCGAACCACGUGGCUGCUGCGCAGCAGCAACGUUGCUGUUCGAUGAAUCAAGCGCAGCGCGGCACGAGCAACAACCCCACUACGAACAACAACACGCGGCCGCACAGGCCGGCAUCACUGGACAUCGGUAUGGCGCGGCGUUGCCCUGUCGCCUGUACGCGAGCAGCUGCCUCCUCGCCGAUCGCGGCUAACUCGUCCACCACCCCUUCCUCAGCGCCUGCCGUCUGCACGACACGCGGUUUCUUCGACGAUUGCACAGGAGCCAGCGACUCGAAUUGCCUUAACAAAGUCCAGAACGCGGGAAACGAGCCAGCCGGAUUCGAGCUGAACGUGAACGUUGCCUGUAGCCCUGCUGGCAAUCGCGACUUUCGAACGGUGCCUACGAUUGGUGGUGCCUGUAAACGAAGCGAUCCGCUCCUCGAUCCACGGACUUAUUAUGCCGAGCCAUUACUGAACGUGGUAAACACGGGGCCGCAGAUCGAUCACACGCGAAGCUACACCUCGGUUAGUCUGACGCUCAGGCCCCCGUCCUCGGAACCUCAACCUCCGAUCGACAUCAGAUCGCAGGGCUCGAGUCUCACUUACUCGAGCUCUUCUCUAGAUCCUCGGGGCUUUCAAAGUCGUCUACAGAUCAGCAUUGGCGCGGGAGCCGUUGGCACUGUGGCGGCCGCGAGAAUCAGGCCACCGAUGGGUCCCAACAGGCCCAACAGUUUGAUACCGCCGGCACAGACCGGUCCUCAAAGACCACCAGGUCUUCCAGCGGGACCACCCAGUCAAUUGCCGAGGCCUACGACGACAAUGAGCGCCCCAACUACACCUUCCGUACCAUCGACAACGAACAUCGUCCCUUCCAUUAGCCUUCCAACGACUCCGUCAGGACCGACGACGACCUCGCCGCCCUCCAGUCCCAUUGGUGAACGCGUGUCGACCAAUUCUGAUCAAAAUCGAUCGCCGUUGAAUCAAGUGGCGGAGCAUCAAAAGAAAUUGGUCGCAGAGCAGUUAGAAAGAAAAGAAAGACUCGCCAGGGAAUUGAGAGCCGAGAAAGGACGACUCGAAGCGAUGAAGAAAGAAUUACAAUCUCUCACGAGGCCUCUUGAUUCUUCUAUGCCUCCUCAAGAGUUAAAAAAAAAGUUACGAAGCGAGAUCUAUCAGUUACAAGUUGAAUGCGACAGACUCGCGGAUGAAGUAGAUCAGUGGUCAGAUCCAAGAGUACCUUUGGGUGAAACGAAUGAAAAGUUUUAUCAGCAUAUUUAUACUGGUCAACCUCUACCAUCGAGUUCUGUCAGUUCCAAUCCACCGCCUUUGCCAAGUCAACCACCCGCCUGGCAACCGGAACUAAGUGAUAACAAUACUGACAGAGAAGAACGAGACGGACCUUCUUGGGUCUGUAGAAUGUGCACGUUUGAUAAUCAUCCAUUAAUGAACAAAUGCGAGCAAUGCGAUAUGCCACGGUUGAUGGAUCACGGAAACGCAGGCGAGACUCAAGAUAUCCAUAUACGAGUUACACAUCAUCAUAACUUUUCCCCAAGUCGGACAGUGCAUAGUUGGGUGGUAUAACGUAAAUUACAUUGGAAACAUAAAAACUGUAAAUACAAUCACUAUUUAAAUUAAAUAAAAAGUUGCAGCCAACCUAUUAUAUAGCUGUACCCCGUU